AUGUCAAAACCUAUUAAUGUGGUUUUGAAAAAUAGUAUAAAACAAUUGAAGUCUUAUAUCAAGAUAUUGAAAAGACAAUGUUUGUGGUUGGGUUUUGAACAAUAUUGUGGAGGCAAGUAG